UGCGCAAUAUAUUGUUUAUUAAUGCGUAAUGCGAAAUCAAGAAAUUAAAUAUAUAUGAAAUAUUGCUAAUAAGCAUCAAUUACAAUGAUUUUUAUGGUGAAGUGGCGAGAUUGGCAUAAAGUUGUGUACGUGUGCAUUGGCACGCUUUAAAAAUAUUUGAAAUUACGGUUUUAAAAAUAUAACUGUGGUGCGAGAAUGUCUGAUCCGAGACGCUGCGAUGUAAACAAAAAUUUGAAUCCGUGGAUAAUAUUUUUGAUUAAGUAGAUUUAAAUUUGUCUGCUAAAGCGUGCAUAUGAGUACAAAAAGAAGAUAAGAAAAAAAGUGGAUGAGAUUACAAUAAAAUAAAAAAGUAGCAAACAAAAAUAAGAAUAUAUGAACACAAAAGGAAACAAGGGAUGCAGGGAUCAAAUUUUAAUAAUAGAAAAAGAUCUGCGCCGACAACACGUAAGGACAUAAGGAACUUAUUUAUCUACAAUGACGAUGAACAACCGCAGCAACAGCAACAACAACAACUCAAUCAACAGCGAAAGAACGACGAAUAACUACAUCAACAAAAAACACAACAUUAAUAACAACAACAACAAUAGUAAGAACAACAAUAGCAAAAGUACCAGAGAAAACUAAAAGCGCCCAAAGCAACCCUGCAGUGGUAGAAGCAGUUGUUAGCAUCAGCAGCAAUAAAAAUAGCAAAAAUCGCGCCCCCAGCAGCAGCAGCAGCAACAGAAGCAACAACAACAGUAGCAACAGCAUACAAACAACUGAAAUAAUUGCCGACUUGAUGCCGUUGGAUAGUCGUCCACACACCCGCCUGCAUUAAAUCCGCUGAACAUGUCAACCUCGCGCGAGGGUACGGCAACUGUUGAUGUUGCAUGGCGGGCAGAGAGUGUGGCGACGGCUGUUGCGCCGUUGGAUGGUGACGAGACACCAGUAGAGUCCUACGACAACCUCGACGCAAUUAAUGAGGGCACCGAACUGCAGUGCCUGCUGCAGCAGCACAUUGAUACAACGACCUACGGCAAUGAAAGCGCCUACUGUCUUACCCACUUCGAUUCAAUCCUUUGUUGGCCGCGUACACCGCGUGGCACUUGGGCGGCACUGCCGUGUCUGCAUGAGUUUCAGGGCAUACAGUAUGACAGCUCGCAAAACGCGACGCGUUAUUGUUUUCCCAAUGGAACAUGGGAAAAGUACACAAAUUAUGAUUUGUGUAUGCACCUGCCCGCACCCUCGACUGUACCUGAAUUCGAACCAAUCAUCGAGUUGCCAACGAUAAUUUAUUACAUCGGUUACACAAUCAGCUUAGUUUCAUUGACGUUGGCGAUUAUUGUGUUCGCGUACUUUAAGGAAUUACGCUGUUUGCGCAAUUCAAUUCACGCCAAUUUAUUCUUUACAUAUAUAAUGUCGGCGUUGCUGUGGAUACUCACUUUGUCCGUACAAAUUUCCAUACGCACAGGCUUGGGCGGCUGCGUGGUGCUUGUGACGCUCUUUCAUUUCUUCACCCUAACUAAUUUCUUCUGGAUGCUUGUGGAAGGUCUCUAUUUGUAUAUGCUGGUGGUGAAGACAUUCUCUGGUGAUAACAUACGAUUUAAUAUUUAUGCAAUCAUCGGUUGGGGUGGACCAGCAGCUUUUGUUGUCAUUUGGGUAAUCGCCAAAGGGCUCACAACAUCAUAUGACGUGGAGAAGUUCGACAUUAGCUGCCCAUGGAUGCGUGAAUCUCAUGUAGAUUGGAUAUUUCAAGGGCCCGUGUGUGCUGUGUUGAUUAUCAAUUUGAUAUUUUUACUGAGGAUUAUGUGGGUAUUGAUAACAAAACUACGCUCUGCCAACACAGUGGAAACGCGUCAAUAUCGCAAAGCUGCCAAAGCUUUGUUGGUGCUCAUACCACUCUUCGGCAUCACCUAUCUGGUGGUUUUGGCGGGUCCCAGUGAAAGCGGGGUGAUGAGUCAUAUGUUCGCAGUGGUACGAGCGUUGCUGCUCAGCACACAAGGAUUUUCAGUGUCAUUAUUCUAUUGUUUUCUCAAUUCCGAAGUGAGAAACACAUUGCGGCAUCACAUUUCCACAUGGCGGGAUGAGCGGAAUAUUCAAUUGAAUCAAAGUAGAAGAUACACCACAAAGAGUUUCUCCAAGGACUGCUCGCCGAGAACCGAAAGCACGCGACCACUCACCGCCUACUAUGGCAAGGGCAAGCGCGAAUCGUGCGUUUCGUCGGCCACCACCACCACACUGCUGGGCCAUAAUCAGAAUCUCGGUGUGAGCGCAAACAUACCGAUGACGAUGCAACGCGGCUCUAACGGUGCUCUGCAUAUGAUGCCUACAGUGACGACGCUGAGCGUUAUGCCGCAUGCGAUUAGUCCGUUCAUGAAGCAAGGACUUGAGGAAAAUUCUGUUUAAAUAUUAACGAACUAUAUACUCGUAUAAAUAAAAAAAAUUGCUUCCUCAGUAAUAAAAAU